AUGAAGAAUCAGGAUCAAAAAUUGCGCAUAACGGACGCUUGUGGAUUUAGAACUUUUCCUUUUGAGGUGAAAGGAGCGUACGGUCCCAUCUUAUUGACGCAGUCUGUAGUUAUCAAGACUGUGUUGCAGCAGUUUGCCAAAAAGGAAAAAAAUGGAAAGAUUAUAAGUUUUCAACUUGGUUGCCACGCGGAAGGACGCAAUGUGUUAUGUGCCAUCAGAUUUAGCCCCAAUGCGAAAGAAAAGAAUGGAAAGUUUCAUCAGAAAGCUCAGAGAGCCCCCGACUCAAAGACGCAGCCUGGUGUAGGCCAGGAUCCGGCGCCUCCCACUGGAGGAAAAUCAGCUCUACCUUCCGGUGCUUGCAAGGAGAGUGAACCACCAGUCAAAUGCUUACCUGUCGAUUCGCCCAAGACACAGUUCUCUCCUGACCAUUCCGAGGAUGGAGAACGACUCCAUAGCCAACAUCGUUCCCCCGACCUAGGUGCAAGUCCCAUCGAGGACAGAGACGAUGGGAGAUCUGGCGGUUCCCACGAGAAGACAAGAGACGAACUGAGCUCACUCAGCGGUCCACCCAGGCAGGAAAAACCAGGCGAAGGUCCGCGUGCCGACGAUGAACUAGCAAGCGGACAUUGA